CUUAGCGGUGAACCGGAAGUAGAUCAGUAACAUAAACAAUGCAAUUACUGAGUAUACGUUUAGUCCGAUCGCCGUAUAACUCCGCGAAAGAUUCUUCGUGUGGCUUUCAGUCAAAUGUUUUGGAUCGAAAUGCUUGGAUAGCGUGACCAUUUGAGCUAAUUACGACGAAAUGAUGAUGUCACUGGACACGAUACCGGACUACUAUAAUCUAUUCAAGAAUUCACAUAAUGCUUCUGCUAACAUGGCCCAGAUCGCAGGUAGCAGAUCAGAGUUCACAACGAGCGACCUCGGGCUCAGUGACACGGAGUGUAAACAAAAGGGUGGCUGUUUCUUGUCUUACAAAAAAAGUGCCCUAAUAAUCCUGAUGUUCAUCAUUGGUGUUAUCACUGCAGGGUUCAUAGGAGCCUACUCGAGUCCCUGGGUGAAGAAGCCAACUGUGACAGCUCUGACUUUACCUGAAGAGGACGACGUUGAAGGAAUCAGACCUUCAGCCAGGUUCUCCGUCUCUCCUUUGAUCUCGCCAACACUUUACGAAGUGGAACUGAUUCCAGUCAUGGAACAAGGAGUGACUAAGUUGAACGGUCAUCUGGUCGUGGAAUUUGCUUAUAACGGAAAUCGACCCUUGUCAAAAAUCGUUUUGAACGCGAAGGAGAUCACGGUACUCCAAGCGAGACUGUUCUCAACAGAUGAUCCGUUACCUGCGAAUGCACACUUCAGGAGAAGGAGGGACGUUACCGAUGAGAAUGUUAUAAAUCCUGAGGCGAAGAGUACCUCCGAGUCUACGAACCAGGGUUCUGGAAUGACGCCAGAAGACUCGGGCUUGGACGAUACUUCCUCCUGGACUUCAGUGAAUCUCCCCAGCAUUUUGACGGCCGAAUCAUCGAGUGAAAAAGUUGUCGACGAUGAAACUCCGGACCCUAUCUCGAUUACAUCUCCCGACGUCAUCACCACGAGCAACAAUACUUAUUCUGAAAAAGACAAGGCCACAUUACCGGCCUCAAGUUCUGAACUGCCCGUAGUCAUUCAAAAAAUUUCACCACCUUCGAUCACCACUCGUCCGAUUGUUUCGAGCUCGACGUUCCAGUCUCCUUCAACCUCUUCUCCGAAGAGGAGCACCGAGAUUGGAAUCGCCAAUGAUGAGAUGGACGCCGUUGAUGGUUUCUAUGUAAUUUACCCGAAUGACCCUAUCCAAAGAGGAAUCUAUUCCAUUGAAAUAACGUACGAAGCCAAGGUCGACGGCCAGGCCGUUUUCAAUAUCACCUACAACCUUGAGGACCAGAAUAGAUGGCUACUGGCGACCAACUUGAAACAGUUUGGCACUGGUACGCUCUUUCCUGGAUUCGAAGAUCCGAAAGACAAGGCUAUAUUUUCACUGUCAAUAGCGAAGCUUACAAAUGUUCACACUCUGACCAAUAUGCCUCUGGUAUCAUCAAGCGCCAUUUCCAACGACUUGAUGAUGGACCAUUUCCAGACGUCGCCUCCACUCUCUUCGCACAAUCUGGCAUUUGCUAUCACCAAUCUGCAACCGAUAUCAGAACCUACUCUUCAGAACUUAGAAAUACCUCUAACCUUGUGGAUCCGAAGCAGAGAAGUUGGUCAGACUCGUUUCAUCUUCGAGACGAUAGGGCGAGUCGCGCAAAACCUUAGUCACUUCUUCUCAGUCCCGUAUCCACUGCCUAAAUUGGACGUCGCUACUCUUCCUGGACUUGAUGGUGACGGCAUAAGCAGCCCCGGGCUAAUUUUCAUCAGAGAAUCGAUGCUGUCACUUGACCAAGAAUCUUCUGCAAUUACGAAAGAGCUCAAGGUUCAGAAUCUGAUCAGGUUGAUCGGCGAACAAUGGCUCGGGGGGCUGGUCAGCACCCAGACUCGGAUGGACGCUUGGUUCCUCGAAAGCUCAUUAUUCUACUUACAAUACUUAUUAGCUGAUAAGAUAGAUCCGACCCUCGAUUCCUUCAAUUCAAUCGGCAUCCUUCAGCACAGCGCGUUUGAGGCUGAUGCCUACGACGUAUCGAGGUCUAUGAAGUCCAAGCUCAAGUUUCCAGCCUCUCAAACCACCUACGAAAAGGGUGCAUGUCUGAUUCGCAUGCUGAAUUACGUGAUAUCUGACUCGGGAUUUAGGAACGGCUACAAAACGUUCCUGACUAGGUGGGCGAACGCGAAUGCUGAUGUAUCCGAUUUUCUUGCAUCUAUGUCGAAAGAAGCACAAUGGCUUCCGGACGACGUAUCCUUCGCCCAGGUUUUUGCUUCCUGGAUCGACCAGGGCGGUUUUCCCGUUGUCACUGUCACCAGGAAUUACGAAAGUGCUUCUGCAACCGUGCGGCAGGAACAAUUUGCUUUCGAUAACGAAACAAUAACGAAUCGCAAGUUGUGGCACGUUCCUGUUUCUUACAUCGUCGACGGAGAUGACUGGUCGUCGCCGUCAAGAACGUGGCUGAGCCAGGAGGAGACAACUUUGAUGGGGCUCGGAAAUAACGAGGAAAAAAGGUGGCUUUUGCUGAACGUUAAUCAAACUGGAUAUUACCGGGUUAAUUACGACUUGGAUAAUUGGAGCCUGUUGGCGUCGGCUCUUGACUCAAAAUUCGAUAUAUUUCCGGUGACAACGAGAACUUCGUUAGUCGACGAUGCUCUUAGCUUGGCUUGGGCCGGCCGCUUGGCCUACCCUACAGCUUUGAACUUAAUUCAGUUUCUUCACAAACGGGAGACACACCAUUCGCCAUGGACGGUCGCCUUUCAGAAUAUGGAAAAGCUCAACUAUCUGCUGCAGAACACUGUUGCAUAUUCCAGCUUUCAGGAGUUCAUGGUGAAGUUCAUAUCACCUCUCUUCAACACCGUAACAGCAUCCAAUACCGAAACGCAGCUCAAAUUGAUCACCGUAAAAUGGGCUUGUCUGGUCGAUAAUCCAAAGUGUCAGAGCUACAUGAAAAAUCUUUCCAGCGUGCCUAAUUACCUCGAAAAAACUCACCACUGCACUCUAGCGAGAUUUGGUGGAAAGCAGGAAUGGGACUUUCUAAUCUCGAAAAUCUCUGCCGCUUCGAACAAAGAAACAAAGUUGAAACUUUUAUCAGCCUUGCCGUGCUUUCAGGUGGAAUGGAUCCUUCAGAUACUUUUGAACGACAUAAUGACUGAAGGGAAAAUGGACGAACACGAAACUCUCGAAUUACUUCGCAGCUUUCGUCAAAAUCCAAUCGCUGCUCGAUCGGCAUUCAAGUUUUUCCGAAUACAAUGGAAUGAGAUUUUCAAAAGGUUUUCGAAAUCGUAUUCGAUCCUAAAAGCCUUCGUCGAAGCAUCUGUUAGUGGUAUUACGGACGAACAAGAUCUCAAAGAUUUUCAGAUUUUCAAAGAGAAACACUUUGACAGUUUGAAGUUUUUGGGACACACCAUACGAGUUGCUGAGACCGAAGCGAGGUCAAGGAUUUCAUGGCUCAAGAAGAAUCUAAUCACGGUUCAAAGGUGGCUGGACGUUUAUAUCAGACCAACGAUAUAGUAAUCAGAGAAUCUGAAGAUGCUCAAAAAACAAGUUGAUUAAUUAAAUGCAAUAUGCACUAAAUCACUUACUUAAAUAUUAACUGAUAACGUGUUUAUUCGCCUAAUUUUCAACGCUCGUUAAUGAGCGUUAAAUAUUUCAAUUUGUGU